AUGGCCAACAAAGUUAUUCAACUACAGAAAGUAUUCCAAUCAUCUGCCAAGCCUCUAUGGUGGAGACAUCCUAGAUCAGCAUUAUACUUAUAUCCAUUUUACGCCAUCUUUGCAGUUGCCGUUGUUACACCACUGCUAUACAUUCCAAACGCUAUUAGAGGUAUUAAGGCUAAGAAAGCAUAG